AUGGAAAACCAUAGAAACAUCUCAGAAUUUGUUCUUCUUGGACUUUCUUAUGGCCAAAAAAUGCAAAUAUUUUGCUUCGUGUUCUUCCUGUUCUGCUAUGCUGCCUUGCUGGGAGGAAAUAUUCUUAUCAUUAUCUCCGUCCAAUUUAGCCCUUUAUUAAACCAACCGAUGUACUAUUUCCUUGUCCAUUUAUCCUCCAUAGACAUCUUCUAUACUUCCACUGUUACACCUAAACUAAUCGCUGACCUGCUAGUGGAAAAAAAGACCAUUUCCUAUGGUAACUGCAUGUUCCAGGUCUUUGUCUUGCACUUCUUUGGGGGUAUUGAGAUCUUCAUUCUUACUGCCAUGGCUUAUGAUCGCUACGUUGCCAUCUGCAAACCCCUCCACUACAUGCUUAUCAUGAACAGGACAAAGUGCAACCUCCUAGUCCUCGCGACCUGGGUCGGUGGGGUUGCCCAUGCCUUUCCACUUUUCUCUAUAGUCUUCAGUUUGCCCUUCUGUGAUGUCAAUGAAAUCGAUCACUUCUUUUGUGAUGUCUUCCCUUUAAUUGACAUUGCCUGUACUGAUACUUUCAUUGAUGGCGUCCUGGUCAUUACAUUUUCUGGUCUGGUCAUCUCAGGCACUUUCGUUGCCCUUUUGAUUUCCUACGGGGUUAUAUUAUUCACGUUAAGACAUCAGUCAGCCGAGGGAAGACAGAAAGCCCUCUCUACUUGUGGAACUCAUAUCACUGUGGUCACCUUGUGGUUUGUGCCUGCGAUCUUUAUCUACCUUAGGCCUCCGACGACUUUCCCAGAGGACAAAAUAUUCUCACUCUUUUAUACCAUCGUUGCCCCUAUGUUUAAUCCCUUAAUCUACUCUCUGAGAAACCAAGAGAUGAAAAACACAAUGAGAAAAGUUUGGUGUCAGACAUUUCUUUUGAAAGGAAUACACAAUUAG